AUGCUCAAUCAUAAUACAGAUCAACUAGGAAACAGGCUGCUUUAUUUCAUACUGCUGCACUUGUCCUGGGAUGUGGUCCUGAGUCAGCUACAUUAUAUCAUUCCCGAGGAAUCCAAACAUGGCACCUUUGUUGGAAGAAUUGCUCAGGAUCUUGGACUGGAUAUAGGUGAGAUUAAUUCCAGAAUGUUACAUAUUGUCUCUAGAGAUGAGAAGGAACAUUUCCAGGUUAAUCUGCAGAAUGGGAUCUUGUUUGUUAAAGAGACAAUAGACAGAGAGUCAUUAUGUCCAGAUACACCCUUCUGUAUUUUUCCUUUGCAGGUUAUUGUAGAUAAACCUGUCCAGAUGUAUCGUGUAGAUGUAGAAAUAGAAGAUAUAAAUGACAAUACUCCAGUAUUCCCCUCCAGUGUGACUAAUCUUGCCAUAUCAGAGCUCAUACCUGCAGGAUCUCAGUUUCCACUGAAAGGAGCCAUAGAUCCAGAUCUUGGAACAAAUUCUAUAACACAUUAUGAGCUCAGUGCAAAUGAUCAUUUCUCACUAGACUUCCAAAAAUAUAUGAAUCAAAUCAGAUCAUUAGAACUUAUACUGAAGAAAACCCUGGAUAGAGAGAAGCAGUCUGUUCACAAUCUGACACUUAUAGCUUAUGAUGGAGGCAAACCAAGACUGAGUGGUGUAACCCAUAUUGUCAUCGCUGUGGAAGAUUUUAAUGACAAUGCUCCUGUAUUUGAUCAGCCAUUUUAUCAAUGCAGUGUGACUGAAAAUGCUGUAAAGGGGGCAUUAGUAUUUAAGUUGAAUGCUACAGAUUUGGAUCAUGGAAAAAAUGGGGAAAUAUCCUACAAAUUUACCAAUAUGGAAAUGGAGAAACUGAGUAAAAUUUUCAGUCUUGAUAAAAACACUGGAGAAAUUAGAGUGAAAGGUGAAGUUGAUUUUGAGACAACUAAAAUGUAUGAAAUUCAUGUUGAUGCAAUUGACAAUGGAGAUCACCCAAUGGUUGGACAUUGUAAAGUUCUAGUGACUGUUGUAGAUGUCAAUGACAAUGCUCCGGAGAUGAUGGUGACAUCAUUAUCAGUCCCAAUUCCAGAGAAUUCACCAAAGGGAACAACAGUGGCCAUCAUCAGUGUCCAUGACAAGGAUUCAGGGUCAAAUGGAAAAGUAAGUUGCCAAAUGUCUGUCAAUGAUUUACCUUUUAAUGUAAACUCAGCAUUUAUGGGAGAUUUUUCUAUGACUGUGAAUGGGCCACUUGAUCGGGAACUCAAAGAUCAGUAUGAAGUGGUCAUAAUUGCAAGAGAUGAAGGUUUUCCAUCACUGUCUAUUUCAAAAACUCUAAAAAUCGAGAUAAGUGAUGUAAAUGACAAUCCUCCACAUUUUUGGCAGUUUGUUGAUACAGUUUUUAUUAAGGAAAACAACCCACCAGGUUCUCAUGUCUACACGGCCUCAGCAUUUGACUCAGACAUUGGCCACAAUUCAUUCAUUACAUACUCCAUCAUUGACAGUUCUAUUGAUGGAAUCCCUAUAUCUUCAUAUAUGUCCAUUAAUCCAGAGAAUGGGAAGAUGUUUGCUUUAGUUUCCUUUGACCAUGAGCAGGUGACAUUUUUCCAAUGUCAUAUAAAAGCCACAGAUGCUGGCCUACCUCCACUUAGCUCUAAUAUGACCCUAAAUAUCUUCAUCAAUGAUAUCAAUGAUAAUGCUCCCACAUUUGCUCCACUUUAUUCGGGUAUGAUAAUAAAAACCUUAAAGUCAGCACAACCAGGACACCUUGUAACUAAAGUGAGUGCAACAGAUUUGGAUUCUGGAUACAAUGCCUUGAUGUCUUAUCAUUUUAAGGAUUUGACUGGAAUAGUGCCAUUUGUUAUUUCUCAGCAAACUGGAGAAAUCAGUUUAAAACGUCCAUUUAUAGACUCAGAUAAUGAUGAGUACAGAUUAGUCGUAGUGGCUCAGGACCAUGGAGAUCCAAUUAUGACAGCACUAACACAAGUUUAUGUUUCCUUGGUGGAAUUAGGAGAGGAGGUGAAGAUUUAUCACGAUGAUCAUGUAAAGGAUGGCAAUGAGUUUUCUGAUGCAAAUAUUUAUUUGGUUGUAGCCAUCUGUGUUAUCUCAACCAUAUUUCUAAUUACUUUAAUCAUCUUCACUAUAUUAAGAUGGCAAAAAUAUAGAGAUGAGGUCAAUGACCUAAAGGAAAAUUAUAAGAUCUGCUCUAACACUGGAGGAAGUUGGAUGUAUUCUCAGCAAACACAAUAUAAAGUCUGCUCCAACUCAACACAAGCAAAGAAUGACUUAAUAAUACUCACUCCAAAUAGUUCUCAAACAAGCAAUGAAGAAAAUGCUGCACAACACAGACCCAUAUAUAGUUCUUCUUACCAGGUAAGGAAAUGUGUUUAUUAA